CGCCAGAGCCAAACCCGAUUCCACCACCAGAGACUCGCCGCAGCCGCCGCCAUCGCCAUCGCCCCCGGUUCCGCCGGCGUCCAGUUUCGAGGGAGGGCGUCCCUCUUGCGGCCACCAUCCCGCGGUCCCCGUCCCGCCCGCAGCGGCGCCGCGCCUGCCUCGAGACAGACCGCCCGCCCGCGCGCGCCUAGGGUUUCCGCCGUCGCCGCGACAGCCGCCGGAGACAGAAUCAGCGCGAGAUGGCCGGAAGACUCCUUGCGAACCUCCUCGUCAUGGGCGGCACCGUCCUGGGCAGAGCGGUGGUGCAGGCCUAUCGCCAAGCCAUCGUCAAUGCAAAUAGUUCUGGAGCUGCCCAGGAGGUUGUGAAUGGUAUUCGAAAGGCUAGCAAGGCCAUCACUGAGCAAGAAGCCCGGCAAAUAUUAGGUGUCAGUGAAAAGACGAGUUGGGAGGAGAUCCUGAAGAAGUACGAUACAAUGUUCGAGAAGAACGCUAAGAGCGGAAGCUUUUAUCUCCAGUCAAAGGUUCACCGAGCGAAAGAAUGUCUGGAAUCCAUUUAUCAUGAAAAGCCUGACAUCACAAACUGAGACAUGGCCUAGGUUCCACUUGAUCUAAUCGACCGAUUUGUGGGUGUGGCCAGAGAUGGCCGUUCUAUCUCAGUUUUGUUGGGUGCAUCAGGUUAAAUGGCUGUAACAGGAAGCUGUUCUCUUUGACUUGAAUAAUAUAUUCAGAAAAAAGAAACACAAUUUAAUUCUAUUUUUAGUUGCAGCGUCUUGUUUGCUUGCAAACUCAGAUGUCAAAUUCUUGGUAUCAUUGUGAUCACUUGAUUCUUGUACCAGCUUGUGUUUUGGAUUUGAUUUACCAGUUUGUUCA